GCCCAUGUAUCAAAUAUAUGGUCCAAAAAGCCCGCCCUUUCAACUCUUAAUUCUCAGCGAAACGGCAUUCAGGGUUUUAGAGCCUCUCUCUCGCCAUACCUCCGCCGUGUAACACCACCGUCGAAAUUCCCCGUAAGGCGCCACCGUGAAAACUCAAUCAAAAUGGGGGUGAAGGCAGCCAAGGCGGACCGAAUAACUUCUAUGCCCGCCGCAGAAAAGGGUGUUUCCGAAGAAGACGAAAUGAAUGUAAAGAAAUAUCUCAGAGGCGAAGCCGCUGAUUUAGAGGUGUUGAAAGAUAAGAAAUUGAAGGGUCAAUUAGCUGCGAGGGAGAAUUUGUUUGGGAAGUCUGCACAAGCUGCUGCCAAAGCUGAAAAAUGGCUUAUGCCAAGUGAAGGUGGUUAUCUUGAAGUUGAGGGUAUAGAGAAAACAUGGAAUAAACAAGAAGCAAUUGCUGCUGAAGUGGAUAUUCUGAGUUCGAGAAAGCAAUUCGAUAUUGUCCUGCCAGAUCUUGGUCCAUACACAAUGGAUUUCAGCCUGAGUGGUCGAUAUAUGGUUGCAGCUGGAAGAAAAGGCCAUUUGGCUCUUUUAGACAUGAAAAAUAUGGACCUCAUUAAAGAAUUUCAGGUUAGGGAAACAGUUCGUGAUGUGGUAUUUUUGCACAAUCAGAAGCUUUUAGCGGCUGCUCAAAAGAAGUAUGUGUAUAUGUAUAACGAGAAGGGUACUGAAAUGCACUGCCUGAAGGAACACGGUGCUGUAACAAAGCUUCAGUUCCUGAACAAGCACUUCCUCCUAACAUCCAUGAACAAACUCGGUCAGCUCCAUUUCCAAGACAUCACAACAGGCAUAAUGAUAGGCAACUACCGAACGGGUCUGGGUCGAUCCGACACAAUGCGGGUCAACCCGUUCAACAACGUGGUAGCAGUCGGCCACUCCGGCGGUACAGUCAGCAUGUGGAAGCCCACCUCAGCAGCUCCACUCGUCAAGAUGCUCUGUCAUCAAGGCCCCCUCACAGCUAUGGCCUUCCACCCAAACGGCCACCUCAUGGCGACAGCUGGCAUGGAAAGAAAAAUAAAAAUCUGGGAUUUGAGGAAAUACGAGGUUGUCCAAACACUAUCUGGCCAUGCAAAGACACUUGACUUCAGCCACAAGGGUUUGCUCGCCACUGGAACCGGAUCUUUCGUCCAGAUACUGGGAGCUCUAAACGGGUCGUCGGAUUAUAGCCGGUAUAUGGGUCACUCAAUUGUAAAAGGGUACCAAAUACGAAAUGUUUCUUUUAGGCCUUACGAGGAUGUUUUGGCAAUUGGGCAUUCGAUGGGUUGGUCUUCGAUAUUGAUUCCUGGAUCUGGUGAGGCGAAUUUCGACACUUGGGUGGCGAAUCCGUUCGAGACACGUAAGCAGAGAAACGAGAAGGAAGUGCGUUCGCUUCUGGACAAAUUACCCCCCGAGACUAUUAUGCUGGACCCUACAAAGAUUGGUUCGGUGAGGCCCAAUAGGAAGAAAGUGAAGCCAACUAAGCAGGAGAAGGAUGCUGAGCUGGAAUCGGCCGUGGAAGGUGCCAAGAGUCGUCCGAUGAAGAAGAAAACGAAAGGUAGGAGCAAACCGAGUAAAGUGGCAAGAAAGAAGCAGGAAAUUGUGGCUAUGGCGAAGAAGCCUUUCUUGGAUGAACAGAGUAGAGAUAUUGAAAUGUCGAAAAAGAAGAGGAAGAGAAACGAAGUGGGGGAGGAUCAAUUACUACUGCAGAAGUCUCUACAACGGUUUUCUAAGAAGGUACCAUCUUGAUGUUUCGUUUUUUUUUCUUCUUUUUUUACCAGUAAUGUUAUCGAAAUUGAACCCUCGUAAUAUGUUGUAGACAAUUGAAAUUAUUGCAAUUCACCCCAACCCCGAGAGAGAUUGUUCUGAUAGAUAUACAUUGAUGUAAUAGGAAGGAAUAGCUAUGGUAUUAUUUGUGCAAGAGUUUAUUUUUUUUCAAUGUGUUUAGUUUGAGAGUUUAUUGUUCUCUCUUUCUUGUACAACUUCUUAUUUUAUUUUUGAACCAUUCAAUUUAGGAAACAA